GUUAACAUUUAACAACUGUUGAGUAUAAGGGGCAUAUAAAAGGAGGGUGCGAUCCUUCCAAAAAUAUCAUUCGUCGUGUAACAUUAUUCCAGGGAUAUUCAUAUCAAGCCUUCAAGAGAGAUGAAGCUCUUUGUUGCUGUCGCCCUUCUCGCCACGGUCGGCUACACCUUGGCCGCAGAAGAAGAAGUCAAACCUAAAAAACUCGACGAAGGGAAGGACCUCGUCGCCUCGGCGUCGCAUUACGGUCUUGGCUACGGAUACGGUGACCUUGGUGGAGCUUAUGGGGGAGCUUACGGUCUCGGCGGCUACGGUCUUGGCGGCGGCUACGGCCUAGGGCUUGGAGAUGGUGGCUACUACGGAAAAGGGUGGGGUCACGGGUACGCCCUGAAGGCAGGUGGAUGGGGAUGGGGAUGGCCACUCAAGGGCUGGGGUUGGGGUCACUCAGGUCACGGUGGAUGGGGAUGGGGAGGUCAUUCCUACACCCACCGAACUGAUGGGUGGGGCUGGCCAGGGUGGGGAUGGCAUGGAGCUUAUGGCUCUUAUGGGGGUGGAUUCCUCGGUUAAAUAUCUGCAGAAGUUGCUCUGAAAAUUUUCUAAAUUUGCCAUCAUAAACUUGGGGAAGGAAAAUCGUAAUAUUUUAGACGAAAUUAUAUAUCUAAAUUUAUUUUUCAUAUGAAAUCGAAAACAUGUUAUUUAUGUAGGUGGAACUUUUGUUGCCAAAAUUGUUAAUUGUGAAAGAAAGAGAAUAAAUUCAAUAAUUGCCAUUGAUUAA